UGUUGUUCACGUUUUGUCAAUGUCAGCGUGAGAAUUGACAGUUUUAUGUUUAGAGGUUAUUUUGUAGUCCAUAAAUUGUUGCCUGCAUGUGAUUUAAAGAUUUUAGCUUUAUAGCAUUUAUAUAUUAAUUGCAAUGGCGUGCAAAGUACACAGAGUUCGUUAUUAUAAUCCAAAACCACAGCCAAUUAACUGUGUUUCAUUUAAUAAAACAAGUAAACAGAUUGCCGUAGCGAGAGGCGAUGCUUCCAUUGAGAUUUGGGAUUUAAAUUAUGCCCCGUAUCUCGUCAAGUUUAUUCCUGGUGUAGAAAAUGGUUCAGUAGAGGCACUUGGUUGGGCGAAGAAUAGGUUACUUUCCACCGGACUUGGAGGAGCCUUGAUCGAAUGGGAUUUAGAAAAACUGUGCUUGAAGACAACGGUCCUACUCACUGGUUAUGCAGCAUGGUGUCUGGAUGUGAACCCUGAUAAUACACUUGUAGCUGUUGGAACUGAACAAGGAUAUGUAAACCUCUAUAAUGUGGACAAUGAUGAGAUUGUAUACAGAAAAUUAUUUGAUAAACAAGAAGGCAGGAUAUUGUGUUGUAAAUUUAACAAUAAGGGGGAUGUACUGGUAACAGGUUCAAUAAACACAAUAAGGGUAUGGAAUGUAAAUACUGGUCAUGCAAUAACUCGUAUGUCUGUGAGCCGUAGAGGCCGUGAGGUGAUAGUGUGGUGUCUAGAUAUACUGUCUGAUAACACUAUAGUGUCCGGUGACAGUCUGGGAAGACUUAUAUUUUGGGAUGGCACUCUUGGGGACCAGAUUGAAUCAUACUCAACUCACAAAGCAGAUAUAUUGUCAAUAGCUGUCUCUGAUGAUGAGAAGAGUCUGUUCUGCAGUGGAGUUGACCCUGUUAUUAUGAAUUUCAUCAAAGUUAAUAAGAACAUGGGCAAACUGACUGAAGCUCACUGGGUAAAAAAUGUGCAGAGAAACAUUCAUGAACAUGACGUAAGAGGGCUUGUUAUCCAUGGUGAGAAAUUAAUCUCAGUUGGUGUUGAUGGAUACCUCACUUUCUCAAGUUAUCCUCCAAAGUGGGUGAUGAGGUUGCCACCCAUGAUACCAGCACCAAGAUCAUCAAUAUGUGUUCAGAAGAAAUUAUUACUAUUAAGGUACAGCAACCACCUAGAAGUGUGGAAACUAGGUUCGUACGCGACAAAUAACGAUGGAAAUGUAUUAAUAAGUAAUGUCAACACUACACUAGAUAGCAGUCAGACAGAGAACAAUGAUUUAGAGCAGGAUUCAACUAUAGAUGUUAUUAGCAGAGCAAAGGCGGAAAAUACACAGAAACAAACUUUAAAACUAACUGGAAAGCCUACGAAAUUAGUGUCGGUACAAACGAAAGGCAAGAAACAGAUACAGUGUUGUGCUUUGUCUCCUAGUGGAGAAUUGGUUGUAUAUUCAACAGCUAGCAACAUUAGAAUGCUUAAAUUGGAUACUGAAGAUGAAGAGCAAUCUAACAUAUCUCUAUCGAAGUUAUUGAUCAACGGUUUGCCUGAAGGCGGGUGUGACUGCGUGGCGUUCACAGAUGAUUCGAAUACAAUGGUGGUUCACAUGGCAGGCACACUGCAUGUCUUACAAGUUGACCUAGAGGCCGGGGCGACGCCUGUACAGACACUAAAUCUAGAGAAACACCUACAAGCAAAGUCAAUAUUACACCUGUACAUUUCCAAGAAAAGUCCGAAGGUUGUCACAUACUUAGUUGUAGCGGACACAGUGGGUUGUAUUUCUGUUUGGACGCAAAACGCGAAGAAAUUUGAAUUCUACGUUAGUUUGCCGCAGUACCAUUGCUUGCCGUCAGCCCUCGUAGUAGACAGUCAAAGGGAAUACCUCAUUGUGACCUAUGUUGAUCAAAAGAUCGUGGAAUACGAGCUACAAGAGAAGCGAUUUACAUCAUGGCCGGGUCCGGCGCUACCUCCAGAAUGGUAUUCGCGCAAGUCAGUUGUCUCGUCUAUCAGCGUGCAUCCAACGCGCAACUCUGUAUUGUUCCAAGAUGAAACGUCCCUAUGGGUUAUGGAUAGAACUGCGCAGGAGGCAGUGGAGCCAGUUGCUAAAAGAAAAUCGAAACCUGGCAGCAAGAAUGUUGGACUUAGAAUCGUGCCCAUCAAGUACUUGGCGGGUUUCCACUGGAUAGACCAGGAUGAAGCCGUCACAUUGGAAGUAUUACCAGAAAAUAUAGUGUCACAGCUGCCACCUAUCGCUGCUACGAAGAGACAUGGACAUAUAUGAAUGAAAUAAUAAAUUGACACUUUUAAAUA